GUAAAAUGCCAUCAGAAAUUGCCAGAAAGUUAAAAAGCAAGGAGCGACCAACAGGACGUGAAAGACGUGAACUGAUUCGGCUGAUGGUAGCUGAGAUCCUGACCAUCUGCCCUUCACCAGGGAAGAAACAUCUUAGUGAAAUUGCCAGGAAGAUUGUUUCAACAUAUCCUCAGUCAUUCCGAGAUUUCCUUGAAGAUCAAGUUUUAGGUAGUGGUUAUGACUACCUCACCAAGCAGCUGCAGAGUAGAGUUGACAACAUGAGAAGGGGGAAAACUCUCUUUUCCUGAAAAGAUAGACAUCCAGCACGAGUGAGGGAGAAGACCCAUCUUCUAAGAUAAGAGUGGAUACGUAUGGCUGUAUAAACUGGCAACCAAAGCACUUGCCACUUAAUGAAAUGGAAGAGAGUCUGAAAUGUACAGGAAUUAAAGAACAUGCACAAACGCAAGUAUUAAAAAAAGUAUUUAAAAAAAUGGUGGCAACUUUCUACACUCAGAGUAGCAACAUCAUAAGUGUUCUGGUGAAAGAGUGGCCAUAUCUGUUCGAGAUGUGUGGGAUAAUGGUUCACUUCAAAGAGUUAAUUGGUAUGGAUGUUGACAGAGAAGACAUUUCAAGUAAAUGUAAAACAGUCAUUUCAUAUCUCAUCUCCCAUGAGAAGAAGAGCAAAAUUGAGGAUAUCUUAUCAGGCAUGGAAAUUGCUAAAGCAAAGGAUCUAGAUGCUGAUCUUCCUGGAUGUGUGUUGCUCCUUCUGAAAUACUUCAGUGAAGUACAGGUCAAGAUGUUCCUGUUGGUUGAUGAGACGAGUCUUCCAUCUGAAUUUGAUCAACUACCCAGCACACCUUGCAUUGUUGUCUGUGGGAGUUCUCCUCUGACAGCCGGACGCUUUAUGAUUGCUGUGGACCAGAUCAUUGUGAAAGAUGAUAUGACAAAUUGUGAUGAGGCCCUUCUGAUGAUGUUUGUGAUGUACUACUGCCUCAACAUCAGCUAUCCAGCGGUACUUGGUGCAACUCUGGAGUUCAUGCAGAGGUGCUUUUUCAAGAUAAAUCCAGAUAAGGGGACCAAGGUGGAGAAGAAAGUCUAAAAAACAGCAGUCUGUUAAUCCCAAGGUUCUUUCGUUUAUUACAAACAUUACUAACUUUGAAUGGAGAGAGUAGAAAGCUUCUUGUAUUGCCAGCAUCUUCACUUGUGUUCCACUGCAUUUCAAUUUUUUUAUUAUAUUCUUUAUUGUUAAACUGUUCAUUCUGCAGUUAUUUCUUUGGUGUGUGAGUGAGGGGUGGAAAAAUGAUUGAGCAGUGGAUCCUGAAUAGUAUUUUAAUAUUUCAGUUAAAUAAUGUUUAGUUUAGUUAGUAAUGUAGGCUUUGUGAUGCAUGUGUAGGAAUAAAAAAAGAUUUUAAAAGCUGUAAUUAAUACGGUAAAAACUGAUUAAUGGUUAAAAAUUGGUUGUUGUUUUAACAUUGAUGCUGAGAUGUUGUUAAUGGUGUCAUGAUAUUUGCAAAUAACAAACAAUAUGUCAUGCCGGUUCGUCUGAUCCUCGUGUGUGCCAUGCCCCCUGAUUAUCCACUUGUGCUUCCCCAAUCAUGCCCAGCUGUGUCUUGUUAGUUCGCCCAGUCUUUCAUCUAUAUCAGUCCACGUCUUGCCCUGCCGUUUGUCCGUCAUUAAUGUUAGUCGGUCAUUGAUGUUAGUAAUGUGAGAUGAUGUCCAUGAUGCCCCGUUCUGCCCGUAGCCGUCUUCCC